AUCAAGAAUUCCCAAUUUGUUCUACCCACCCUUUUAAUCGUUUUCAGGAAUCCAUCGACAAGAAGACGACAGCGUGACCCAUCCCAAAUUUCUCCAUAAAUAUAGUUUUCAAUAGAUUCCGUUCCGCCGCCCCCAUCCCGAAUAUUAAAGGUGUGCUCUGAUAUGGAUGGAUGAAUAACCGUAUAAAAUUGUGUCCCCACUAUCAGUUGAUCGCUCGUUGCAGCCCCUGCCUCCGUGUAUAUAAAUUAGAUGCGGGACGUGAUCCGAGGCAGUCUUAAUUUCUCUUAUACAGAAACUUUUUGAUAAGGAUUGGGGAUCGUCGGAACCAUGCCGUCGAGUGUACUUGUGACUGGUGGCGCGGGUUAUAUCGGGAGUCACACGGUGCUGCAGUUACUGCUUGGAGGCUACAAGGCUGUCGUCGUCGACAAUUUGGACAAUUCAUCCGAAAUUGCUCUCAAGAGGGUCCAGGAGCUCGCGGGGAAGCAUGGCUCCAAUCUUGCUUUUCAUAAGAUAGAUCUUCGGGAUAAAGCUGCACUUGAGAAGCUGUUUGCUUCUCAAAAGUUUGAAGCUGUUAUCCAUUUUGCUGGAUUGAAAGCAGUUGGUGAAAGUGUGCAGAAACCAUUGAUGUAUUACAACAAUAACCUUAUUGGCACAAUCACACUCCUGGAAGUUAUGGCUGCCCAUGGAUGUAAAAAACUUGUGUUCUCAUCUUCAGCUACUGUCUAUGGUUGGCCCAAAGUGGUUCCCUGUACAGAGGAAUUCCCCAUUUCGGCAAUGAAUCCCUAUGGGCGCACAAAGCUUUUCAUUGAAGAAAUCUGUCGUGAUCUUUAUCAAUCCGACAAAACAUGGAAAAUCAUUUUACUGAGGUACUUCAACCCAGUUGGGGCACAUCCUAGUGGCUUUAUUGGAGAGGACCCGCGAGGAAUUCCGAACAAUCUUAUGCCAUUUGUACAACAAGUGGCAGUUGGAAGGAGGCCUGCACUGACAGUUUUCGGAACUGAUUAUGGAACGAAGGAUGGGACUGGGGUGCGUGAUUAUAUUCAUGUCGUGGAUUUAGCUGAUGGUCACAUUGCUGCUUUGACCAAGCUCUCUGAUCCUUCUGUAGGGUGUGAGGUGUACAAUCUUGGGACAGGGAAGGGUACAUCUGUAUUGGAAAUGGUAACUGCAUUUGAGAACGCAGCGGGAAAGAAAAUUCCUUUGGUGAUGGCUGAUCGGCGGCCUGGUGAUGCCGAGGUGGUGUAUGCAGAAACAAAGAAAGCUGAGCGCGAGUUGAAAUGGAAGGCCAAAUACAGCAUAGCUGAGAUGUGUCGGGACCAAUGGAACUGGGCGAGCAAGAACCCUUUUGGCUAUGAAACUAAGUGAUAUGUGUAAGGAGUCUGUUCCACCACUAAAUUGUAUCGCUUAAUUACAUGUAACAGUACUCUCUGCUUUGGCAUUCUAAUGUCUUAGGAAGAGUUUAUUUUUAAGUUCCAUGGUAUUAGCACUUUUGCUACACAAAGAAAUCAAUAAAAUGCCUAAGACAGUUGAGACGCUUUUGUACUUA